GCCAACUCAGCCCAGUUGUACCCCCUUCACGCAGAGAGCCCCGUUUGCUUCAUCAAACUGUUCUACCGCACCGCGCCGUCUCGGUACAUAACAAGAGACUCCGCGGGCGCCUCGGCUAUCGAGUAUCUUCCCUGACCGGAGCUUCAACGUGCAUCGAGGUCUGAGCAUCUCGACCGAGACAGGUUGGACAGCCGCGCAGCUUGGGGCAAAGUCGUCGCACCAAACCAUCACCAUGGACACACACUCCUCAUCCAACUACCCAUUUCCCACCCAGGUAUCGCUCCAAGACCAAUACGUUGGCAAGAAACUCGAGGACCUACCCACGCCUGCUGCAGUCAUAGACCGGGCUAUUGUGAAGGGGAAUUGCGAUGCCAUGCUCGAUGUCUGUCAGAAACUCGGCGUAGGAUUUCGGGCGCACGUGAAGAGUCACAAGACGCUCGAGCUAUCCAAACUGCAAGUCGGGGGCUCCGGUCCCGCCGACUUCGUGGUGUCGACACUCAUCGAAGCCGAAAACCUCCUCUCGUUGGCGUUAGAAUGUCAGGCUGAGGGACGAGGGUGCAGUAUACUCUACGGUGUGCCCAUCGCUCCGUCCGCAGUUCCUCGCCUGCUGUGCUUGGCCAGCAAACUUGCUCCAGGCACGCUGGGUAUUCUCAUCGACAACAUUGACGCCUUCCAUAGGUAUCAUGAGCAGGCUAGAGAUGCGCAUAUUGAUGUGUAUAUUAAGAUCGAUACCGGGUACCACCGCGCAGGCAUCCAGACCACAUCCCCUCGGUUCCCAGAGCUCGUGAAGACCGUCGCUGAGAAGGUAGGGGAGAGCUUCCGCGGGUUCUAUUCACAUUAUGGGCACUCGUACGGCGGUAACUCAGAAGAUGAUGCCGCGGAUGGACUGACUGAGGAGCUGCUGGGGUUGGAAGAAGCGACAAAGGUGGUACCGAAGGGUUUCGCGGGUAGACUGGUGUUGACAGUAGGUGCGACGCCGACCGCGACAGCAGCGUAUAACAUGGUCUCGCCUUCGCCAAAGGCUAGAGGAUUCCAGGCACUGCUUGGCCGCUUGAAGUCGAAGUGUACUGUCGAGCUGCACGCCGGCGUCUAUCCGCUACUCGACCUCCAGCAAGUCGCCACACACGCACGACCACCAAUGGGCGACGCCUCGUUGUCGAAAGAGAGCAUCGGAAUGAAGAUGCUCGUUGAAGUAUCCUCCGUCUACAACGAACGCUCGAAGCCGGAAGUGCUCAUAUCAGCCGGGUCGCUGGCGUUGGGCAGAGAACCUUGCAAGAGCUAUCCGGGGUGGGGCAUUAUAGCAGGGGAGCUGGGCAAUAAAGGGGGUAUCGUCUAUGAUGAGCGAGAUAGCAGGAGCGGCUGGAUUGUUGGGAGGAUAAGCCAGGAGCAUGGGGUAGUGACGUGGGAGGGGACGAGAGAGCAGGCGAAGGAGUUGGCGGUUGGGGAUAAGUUGAUGGUGUGGCCAAAUCAUGCGUGUGUGGCUGGGGCUGGGUUUGGAUGGUAUCUAGUUGUAGAUUCCGAGCAGGGAGGCGAUACCGUUGUGGACGUGUGGGUCCGAUGGAGGGGAUGGUGAUAGUUGCGGCGCGUGGGUCUGUAAGGGGGGUUAUGUGUGUGGGUGUUGGUGGUUGCUUCGUCUCCUCGAACUGGGUGCUCCUCUCCAUGCUCGCGGGGUGUGCCACGACUGUUACCUAGGUAGUUUGUAUGUCUGCGAGCUGUCUAUCUGUCUGUCUGUCUAUCCUCGAGCUUGCCAUGUCCGCUUGGAGUCGUUGCUGGCUGCGGGUCAAUGUUGCCCGGUGUGUGAUUGCGCAGUCGUCGGCGGUGGCGGCGACAUGGCGGGCGGCGUCGGGAAGGGCGUCUCUCGCUGUGUGAGUUGUGAGUUCCGCUUGGAGACUGCACGUCCGCAGCGUGUUUGGCGUCGAGGGGUGCGGGUGAGGGGUGAGAGGUGAGGGGUGAGAG